AUGGCUGGGGCAAUUAUAGAAAACAUGAGCACUAAAAAGCUGUGCAUUGUUGGAGGGAUCUUACUGAUUUUCCAAGUCAUCGCCUUUCUAGUGGGAGGUCUGAUUGCUCCAAGUCCCACUACGGCUAUGCACUACAUGUCAAUAAAAUGUGUAGAUGUACGGAAAAACCACCACAAAACCAAGUGGCUAAUGCCUUGGGGACCCAACCAGUGUGAGAGGAUCCGAGAUCUUGACGAGGCAAUGAGCAGACAAAUAGAAGCCAAUGACAUUGUGUUUGCUGUUCACAUCCCCCUCCCCGCCAAGGAGAUGAGUCCCUGGUUCCAGUUCAUACUUGUUAUCCUGCAGCUGGACAUUGCGUUCAAGAAAAAUAAUGAGAUAAAAGACAAUGCAGAAGUUACGCUUGAUGUGUCCUUGGCCUAUCGUGAUGACAUGUUCAGUGAAUGGAAAGAAAUGGCACAUGCGAUAGAGACCCGAAAGCUAAAAUGUUCUUUUGCCUCUCCAAAAACCAUAGAGCAUGAAGGCCGACACUAUGACUGUGAUGCACUCCAUUUCAUGGAAAUUGGAACUGUGGCUCACAAAUUCUACCUCCUCAACAUUCGACUCCCUGUGAAUGAAAGGAAACUAAUUAAUGUGGGAAUUGGGGAAAUAAAGGAUGUUCGCCUGGUGAGUAUCCAUCAAAAUGGAGGUUUUACAAAGGUGUGGUUUGCAAUGAAAACCUUCCUCACGCCCAGCAUCUUCAUCAUCAUGGUUUGGUAUUGGAGACGGAUCACGAUGAUGACACGCGCUCCUGUCCUGCUGGAAAAGGUAAUCUUUGCUCUUGGGAUCUCCAUGACGUUCAUAAAUAUCCCAGUAGAGUGGUUUUCCAUUGGAUUUGACUGGACUUGGAUGUUGCUCUUUGGAGAUAUUCGACAAGGAAUCUUCUAUGCCAUGCUCCUGUCAUUUUGGAUAAUCUUUUGUGGCGAGCAUAUGAUGGAUCAAAAUGAACGAAAUCAUCUUUCUGGAUACUGGAAACAGGUUGGGCCCAUAGCUGUUGGUGCCUUCUGCCUUUUCAUCUUUGACAUGUGCGAGAGAGGGGUACAACUGAAAAAUCCAUUCUACAGUAUCUGGACCACAGAUGUUGGCACGGAGCUGGCUAUGGCAUUUAUUAUAGUGGCAGGAAUCUGCCUUUGCCUCUACUUCCUGUUUUUGUGUUUCAUGGUGUUUCAAGUGUUCAGAAACAUUAGUGGGAAACAAUCCAGCCUCCCAGCAAUGAGCAAGGCUCGCAGGCUUCAUUAUGAGGGGCUGAUUUUUAGGUUCAAGUUCUUGAUGCUCAUCACUCUGGCCUGUGCAGCAAUGACGAUCAUCUUCUUCAUUGUCAGUCAGGUGACUGAAGGCCAUUGGAAAUGGGGGGACUUCACAGUACAGGGGAACAGUGCCUUCUUCACAGGCAUCUAUGGGAUGUGGAACCUCUAUGUCUUCGCUCUUAUGUUCCUAUAUGCUCCAUCACACAAGAAUUAUGGUGAAGAUCAAUCAAAUGGUGAUCUGGGAGUAAGUAGUGGGGAGGAGCUUCAGCUCACCACCACCAUCACCCAUGUGGACGGGCCAACCGAGGUUUACAAGCUGGCUCGCAAGGAGGCUCAGGAGUAA